ACAUGGACACGCGCCUGGAAUCCCAUCUCGACAUGGCGAACCCGUAGGCGGGAGCGCGCACUAACAAACAACCCACUCGCGCGCAGCUUUUGGCAGCAACCCGCAAAGCGAUCUAUUCGACUGUCAUCUCAUCUGUGUGCUCUCGUGACGUGCUCGAUUCGAUGCGCCUUCGAUGCUGAAGCACGAGAGCGCCAACCAACCGCCACACUGGGGCGACUAAAUGCAGCAACACAGCGCAACGCGAAUGAGUAGCGGAGGAGUAGCGAAGUAGAACAGGAGACCGAAGGCUCGCGGGCGGCGACAAGGGGAAGACAGACGGAAUAAGGGGCGCGCGGUGAUAAUGUGACAUGGUCGAGGUGGCAGUGGCCGACCGGAGCAGCUUCUCUGUUUUUAAAAGGCGCAUGCGUGUCCGUCUCGAGCGGAGCGCGAGGGCAUGUCAUGGCAGCGUCUAGCAACUCCAGCCUCAGCGGAUCAUCUCUCUCCUCCGACCCUGAAGAGUUCCAGCCACCUAUAUGGAAAUCAUACUUGUACCAGCUGCAGCAGGAGGCUCCACAUCCCAAACGGAUCACAUGUCCACAGGAGCUGGAGAGUCGACCCAAACAGUAUGGCAGAGAGUUCCAUGGCGGUAUCCCUCGUGAGAGUGCUGAGCUCCUAUUGGCUGGAGAGGGGGAGGGGGCGUACCUCAUCCGGGAGAGCAUCAGGCAGCCAGGCAGCUACACGCUAGCACUCAGGAGUGGAGGAGUGGUGUUGAACUAUCGUCUGUUCUAUGACGGUCGUCACUUCGUUGCUGAGAAGCGUUUCGAGUCGAUUAACGACCUGGUGACGGACGCUCUGAUCACUCUACACGUGGAGCGCCACGCGGCACGCUACAUCGCACGCAUGACAACCAACCCCAUCUACGGCACACACACACACUCAUACACACACUCACACUCACACACACACUCACAGGAGUCUGGUCUGUUGAAGAGUGUGAAGAGCAGCUACGAGAAGAUGCACAACUUCAAGGUCCAUACGUUCCGAGGGCCUCACUGGUGUGAAUAUUGUGCCAACUUCAUGUGGGGCCUCAUCGCACAAGGACUACGAUGCUCAGACUGUGGUCUGAGUGUCCAUAAGCAGUGUUCCCCGCUGGUGCCGGCGGGUGACUGCCAGCCGGAUCUGGCCCGGAUCCGCAAGGUGUACAGCUGCGACCUCACCACGCUGGUCAAGGCCCACAACACACAGCGCCCUCUAGUGAUCGACAUGUGCAUACGCGAGAUCGAACACAGAGGUUUGACAUCAGAGGGUUUAUACAGAGUUUCCGGAUUUACUGACCACGUGGAGGAAGUCAAAAUGGCUUUUGAUCGAGAUGGUGAGCGUGCUGACAUCAGCGAGGAGGCGUACCCGGAUAUCAACAUCAUCACGGGAGCUCUGAAGCUUUACCUGCGAGACCUCCCCAUCCCCAUCAUAACAUACAACCUGUACCACACAUUUAUACAGGCCGCCAAGCUGAUGGAUCCCGACCUGCGUUUGGAGGCGAUUCAUGAGGGAUUACUGCAGCUGCCGCCCGCACACUACGAGACACUACGAUACCUUAUCAUGCACCUCAAGAGGGUGACGGAGCAUGCCCAGUACAACUUGAUGAACUGUGAGAAUCUGGGUAUCGUGUUCGGACCGACCCUCAUGCACCCGCCGGAUCAGAACACGCUGGAGUCCCUUAACGACAUGAGACACCAGAAGACUAUAGUACAACUACUCAUACAACACGAAGACGUGCUAUUCUAA